AUGUCGACUCUUCCAGACGGGCUCAUCGCCUUCGGUCCAAACACAAAUUGCACGUUAGAUCUGUGUCCCCUCGAGGCAAGCAUCUUCCGCUAUCGCCCAUCCGUCCCAGCCAACUCCAUCUUUAUCGGCAUCUUCGGCCUCUGUCUGAUAGCACAUACAAUCCAAGGCGUCUUGACUAGAUCAUGGGGCUUCAUGGCUUGUAUGGUCGCCGGUUGUGUUUUGGAAAUUGCUGGUUAUGCCGGCCGUAUUGUCCUCUACGACAAUCCCUUUAGCUUCAAUGGAUUCCUUGCGCAGAUUAGCAAGUAUCUUCCUAUUCCUCUUAUCUGCAUUACCAUUGCGCCCGUUUUCUUUUGUUCCGCUAUUUACGUGCUCUUGUCCCAGGUCAUCUACCAUCUCGACCGAUCUAUAUCUCGAUUCGAUCCCCGCGUCUUCUACUGGAUGUUUGUUCCAUGUGAUAUAAUUUCCCUGAUUCUUCAAGCCGUUGGCGGCGCCUUCUCAGCCACUGGGACAACUAAAAAGGACGUAGAUACUGGAGUCGACAUUUCUCUGGCUGGUCUCAUUUUCCAGGUCAUCACCCUUGUGCUUUUCUGCUUUCUUUUUGCCGACUACUUGAUUCUGUGUCGAAAGUCAAACCUUGCACGCUCGGGUAUGACGAAAGCAAUGACGGUCUUCCUAACUUUCCUCUUUCUAUCCAUACUCUUGGUUCUCAUUCGAUGCACGUUCCGUAUUGUUGAACUGCAUGAAGGUUACUUCAGUCACUUUUUCCGCCAAGAAGGGGAGUUCAUUGGUCUUGAGUCAGCACCAUUCCUAGCACCCGACGAAAGACGCAUUUCAAGUCUCGCACAGGCUGUCGAACGUGUCGUUCCCAAGAAAGUCAAGUGUGAUGAAGAGCGUCCCUCUUGCCGCAAAUGUCUCAAGAGGAGCCUGCAAUGUGAUUAUCUCGAUGGAGACGUCAGAACGAAGCCGCAAACUGACAUCACCAAGAGCCUUCUUGACGUGGAACUAAUGCAUCACUUCACCAUCUCAACAGCCGUAACGCUUGCCCCUGACGCCAUCGUGCGUGAUCUAUGGAGAACCGAUAUUCCUCAAAUGGGAUUUGCCACGGACUAUGUUCUAGAUGGGAUCACCGCCCUUGCUGCUCUGCAUUUGGCGCGGUACGACUCCAAUCGACGAGAUGCGCUUCUUACUCAUGCAUCACUGUGUCAUACCAACUCCCUAUCAAAGGCAUUGCCUCUCAUCACGCAUGUCACGUCGCAAAACUGCAGCCAGCUGUUCAUAUUCGGCAUCUUAACGCUGUUUUUCAACCUGGCUAGGCCUAUAGAAAAGGAAGACUUCUUCCUUGUUGGGCGUGGUGUAGUGCCGGAGUGGCUCUAUCUCCUUCGCGGCAUUGAUACCGUUGUCCAAGGCCAGGAUGCUAUCAUGUUGUCAUCCGUCUCCUUAAUAUACAAAACAUCCUUGUCAGCUUUUGACUUUUGGCACGACCAUUCACCCGAAACCUUUGAUCCACUCAGUCAACUACAAUGCCAUAUUAAUGGAAUUCCCGACGCGGGAAACGAAGCGAAAAAGAAAGCCCUCAAUCAAGCGGCGUCGGCUCUCACUCGAAGCUAUACUUUCCUCUACGGCGAUCAGUUUCAGGCACAGGACAAGUUUAGAGGGUUUUAUAUGUGGCUGUUCGAGAUCAGCGAUGAGUUCCUCACAUUGCUGAGCAAUGCUGAUCAAGAAGCACUUUGUGUGCUUGCCUUCUAUACGACGAUUAUUAGAGAAUUGGAGAAGUAUUGGUGGGUUCAAGGUUGGGCGGCACAUCUAAUGAACAGAAUCUUUCUUUCACUGGAUGGAGAGCAUAGGUUAUGGAUCAGAUGGCCCAUUGAGGAAAUCGGUUGGGUUCCAGGUUGUACUUUUCGUUAA